GGGGAGCUGCUUGCCAACUGGACAGCUACCGGUGGCUGCAGGGGCGCCAUAGUCGGCAUAGCUGCAAGAUGUCAGUUGGAUCUGGUCGCCAUAGUGCGAGAAUUGUGUGGACGGUUUACGGUUCAGCAUAAUUCUGAUUGAUGAGUCGCAAUCAGGCCUCUCAGGCCGCUCGGAUGCAUAGGCAACGUUCCAGUUCUGUACCAUGGAAGCAGGGGCAGGAUCUAGGGGGUUCUCAGAUGAUGACCAAAAAGGCAAACAAACGGCCCAAAAUCCCAGCGCAUGUAGACAGCUCGCAGGUGGCCAGCUUACUGAAUCCGGUGCGAGGGGUGAGGGAAGAAAUGAUGAGGAGAGGGAUCGUUCCACGUGAUCAUCAACGCGAUAUCAGGGCUCUGAUUGCUGACCAAAGCGCACAUAAUCAGCGUAUGAAGAAUGGGCUGCUGCUUAAGGAGCAGCGGCACCCUUUGGCCGAGAAGAAGGCCUUGAAAAUCCCCACAGCUCGUGGUUCCGCUGAUGGGACUGGGACUGGGACUGGCACUGGGACUGAGAAUAGCUCGCCCAAGGAGCGUCCUCAGAGCCUUGAACCUCCUGCCAAUGGCAAUGGCAAUGACAACGAGAAGGAGUCCACGGGGUUCCCACGGAGCAGGUCGCAGGUCUCAUCAUCGUCAUCGUCAUCACCAUCAUCGUCGUCGAAGAAACUGGCAUCAUCUUCUGCAGCCAAUCUGAGCUCGAGAGAUAAAGCACGCGCGCGCAGAGAUAGUAAACCCAAACCCAUGCAGUACAUACACAAAGAGAACUAUGGCCGGGUUCCCCUUUACUUGCUGAAGCGCAAAGAGGAGCUUGCAAGGGAUGCAGAGCGGAGGCAACAAGAGGCUGAAGCUGCGAAAUGUCCUCCGGGCACAGUUCGGAUGCCAGAAGCGGAGCGGGUUCGUGCUCUGCAGGUGCUUGAGGAGAGCAAAAUUCGGUUAGACGAAGAGUGGCGCAAGCUCCCACUGGUUCUGGAGACUCCCAGCCAAAUUGCUGCAAAGAAAGAUCUGGACUUCAAAAUAGAGGAGAUAGAACGAGCAAUCAAAAGUGAAGGACCAGAGCAAUUGGAAGUGGUGCAGCAGCUGCCGCCGAAGGCCAGCUUUGCUGCUGCUGCGGGUAUGGUGACGCCGGGACUGGCCAGCCACGCGUCGAACCUCACGCGAACGAUGAGAUCUGUCAGAAAGUCUCAUUGACAGGGAAGAUGGACGAUGAAGAAGAUGGCGAUGGAGGAUGAAGAAGAUGGCGAUGGAGGACGAAGAAGAUGAAAGUCUCAUUGACAGGGAAGAUGGACGAUGAAGAAGAUGACGAUGGAGGAUGAAGAAGAUGGCGAUGGAGGAUGACGAAGAUGGCCAUGGAGGAUGACGAAGAUGGCGAUGGAAGAUGAAGAAGAUGGCGAUGGAGGAUGAGGAAGAUGGAGAUGGAGGAUGAAGAACAUGGCGAUGGACGAUGAAGAAGAUGGAGAGAAUAUAGUAUAUUAAUGAAUUGUUGAAGGUGGUACGAUCGGUUGCUGCUGCGGGAGCACCUCCGAGGAGAUGCCGUGGCUUUCAAAAUGCAGGGCGAACUCUCGAUGACGGGAGUAACAAAGAGUAACGAAGAGU